UCUCCAUUUAAAUCCAGACGUCCUGGUAAACAUAGUCUAUUUCAGUUGUUGAAAUAGAGUCAACACAGGAGGAGUGGUUUUUAAAUUUUCAUUUACUGUGAGAGUCAUUUUGUUCAAAGGAUCUGUUUGGAGAAGGGUUAUUCAAUUUAUGAAGGAUUUAAUUUUUCUAAAGCUCAGGGCUACCUUACCAGGUUCUUUAAACACAGUGUUGAUUUCAAUCAAAGCCUGGCGAGAGAGUUGUUCAGAAUCCAUCAUCAAGUUCGUUGUUUAACGAAAUCAAGCAAUGGUAUUAUCCUGUUUGAUAUAAAUGGCCUGGAUACAGAUAUCAGUUGUUAAAUUUCAUCGAGACGAUUAUCGUUCAACACCUGUGCACUUUCUCCUGGAUAUUAUAAGUAAAACACCAUCUAUUUCCUACGUGUCUGAAUUGAGUACGGUAGGGAAACAUCACUGCCACCUAGCUAACGGAAGUUUCUGGGGGAUUUGGGCGAGUGCGGAUCAUGGCCUCGUACACGACAGACUCGAUUAGAGAGAUUUCUGGAGAAAAUAUGCUUAGAGGCAAUACAAACAGAAUGAACAGAAUACUGCCUCCAUGUGAAUACACCGUUAGCACUGACCUACAAAGGUUGUCGACGUUCUCCAAGUUAACAGACCAGGACGUCACGCAUAAAAUAUCAGCCGUUCGCCUUGCAGCAAGUGGAUGCGUGUACAACGCCGAUGAGGGUUAUAUUGAAUGCACUGGAUGUGCAAAAGUAUCCAUGUUGAACAACGUUCCUCAACUCAACUCCGUAAAUGACAUUAAAACAUACCAUCAGAAGCCAUGUCUUCUUGUAUUGGAAUACAUCGAGAAGCAGGAGAAAGAAAUACGUGAAGGAAUGAUAAACCUUCACGAGCUCAAAAGAUUCCACAGACGUUCUCAUGAAAAUGAAAUGCCCAGUUACGACGAGCUUGUUCAGAGGUAUGGCAUUGACCAACGUUUAAUACCAAGUGACUAAAGGUACUUGAAACAAAGUGAACAUACACUGGAUAGUAUUGAUGGGUAUCCCUUUGAUGUAUUUGACGUUGAAAACAUUAAAUUUCAAAAAAUGUUUUAUGUAUAUUGAUAAUUUUGUGUUUAGUUUGCGAGAGUUAUCUCUCUUGCAAUAUUGUGACUUUGAUUUUAUUAUAUUUGUCUUUAUAUCAAUAGCAUAGCUUUUGUGACUUAUUCUAUGCUAUAGUAAAAUUGAAAGAUAGCAUUGAUUUUUAUAUAACAGUAGCUAAAAACAAUAAAUGAUUUUUGUGAUUUAUUCAAUUGUAUAACCAAUUUAAAAUUUAAUGUCUGCAUAUUGUGAUGUGUCUCACAUAAGUUUGAAUGUACUAACAUACAUAUAUAUGUACUGCUGUUCAAAAUUAACUGACCGUGUAAAUUCUACAGUUUUAAGAAAGAGUGACAGCUGAAAUCUUUUUUAAAUUUGUUUUAAUACUUUGAAAAUUUAUAAUAAGGUCCCAGUAAUGAAGGAACAAGAGUCGGAUCAGCCUGGUUUCAAACUGUUUUGAUCUUAACGACUUUGUCAACUGCGGAUAGUUUAGAAGAACAAUUUGUUAAUUAUAUAACUUAAACGUGUUUUAAAAACAUACCAUCAGUGUUUAACUAAAAUGACUAACACCUUACUUAUAUCUAUUAUGAGAUCUUUCUUUUUAUUCUAUUGAUUGUUUAUUAAUCUUCUACUAGAUGUAACCAUAUCUUAUUUUUUGCUAAAAGAGCUACAUACCAAAAUAUUGGGAAUUUUGAUUUAUUAACGUUUAUCAAUAUUUUCUUUUUCAAAAACAUUUUAGUAUUCAUGCUAACAAGACAUAGUGAAUAUUUUUAUGUCCAUUGUGUGUCAUGGAAAAUUAAAAUAAUUGGUUUUUACCAUAAAGUUCAUAGGCCUCGGAACCGGGGGGAGAGGGGGGGCUAAGGGGGGGGGG